AUGAACUUUCAACAGAACCGGCCGCCCGUCGCCCAGGACGAGGGUAUAAUCCCUCCCACAAACGGGCACGCUGAGAAGAAUGGAGCUGCAUCUAACGGAGCUAAAGAACCGCCCAGGUACCAGCGCCUCUUUGGUCCGUUCAAUAGGAGAAACGCCCGCAACGCGACGAGCGGCACCGGUCCGACGGCGACGGCGACUGCGUCUGCGGCGCCGCGUCCACGACGAGGAUGGAGGCGUAAUAGGCAUGUCAACUUUUUCGUCAUCUGGCUGAAGCAGACGUGGUUCGAUAUUGCCACUAUUUUAGUCGUCGGUCUCGUUACCCUCGCUCUUUACCUUGCAUCCCCCGUUGGAGGACGCAGGUUCGCCAUUACCUACCCGAUACCGGGCCCGGGGAGCCGCCCUAGUACCCAAAUCCUCGAUCCUAAUAUCGCGUACCCAUACCGUAGCUGGGCGAUCGACUCCUGGCUCGCCGCUGUCCUCAGCUUCGUUAUCCCCAUCAUCCUCAUCGCCCUGUUCCAGAUCCGCAUACGCAGCCUCUGGGACGUAACCAACGGCAUCAUGGGUAACGUCUAUGCUGUCAUCAUCGCCGAAUGCGUCCAUGUAUUCCUCAAGACCCUCAUCGGAGGGUUCCGACCCUACUUUCUCGAGGUUUGCGACCCGGACCCGGCCCAGCUUCAGAAUGGCACCGGAUUCGGCCAGGUUUAUUACUCGACGGACAUUUGCCGACAGACCGACAAAGGUCUGCUGAAGCAGGCGAUGACGUCGUUCCCCUCGGGCCAUGCCGCGUGCGCUUUUUCCGGUCUGGGGUUCUUAUUCUUUUACCUCAAUGGCAAGCUGAAGCCAUGGAGUAAUUAUCGGCCCAUGAGCUGGGAGGUGGCUCUUACUUUGAUGCCUUUACUAGGAGCUCUGCUGAUUGCUUGCUCCGUGCUCAUUAAUGCGGAUCACCAUCCCCAUGACGUUGUCGUCGGGUCUAUUAUUGGUUUUCUGAGUGCAUUGGCCGUGUACAGGGCUUACUAUGCGGCCGUCUGGGAUUGGAGGUUCAACCACAUCCCACUGAAGCCGAGGGAGUUGGUGGAAUACGACCUUGCGAGAGAGGAGAAUCUUGAAGGUGUCAUGCUUACCAAGGGCAUGUGGAAGGUCAGCCAUGGGGCUAGUCGAAGAACAGGGCCUGAUAUCAUGUUGGGUGGUCUUCCGGGGGUUAAUGGCGCACCUGGUGGGCAAGCGUACAGGAGAGGAUCCGGAAUGGCGAACGGGCCAGCGAUGACUAACGUUAACGCUUACAAUACCGGCAUGGCCGGAGGUGUUCCGGACCGCAGGCCGGUGGGGAAUGGGAAUUUGGCCCCGCUCGGCGACAACAUAGUGUGA